AUGGUGGACGAAGAAAUUCGCUCAGUUAUUAGAAGUUUAUAUUUACAAAAGUUCUCAAUUAAAGACGCAAAGUCCAAACUAGAUGAACUAUACGGCGAACGAUCGCCCAAUAUCAACUCUUUGACAUGGUGGUAUCGCCAAUUCAAACUAGGCCGUGAAAGUGUUAAAGAUUUACCAAAACCUGGAGGCGCUCAAGAAUUGGAUUAUUGCCGUUUGGCCCACUCUGUAAAGAAAAUGCUAGCUGAUGAUAAAAAAACAACAACUCGUGAGAUGCGUGCUGCUACUGGUGUUUCAUCAUAUGCCAUUCAAAAAGUUUUAAAAGAUGAAUUAGACCUUAAAAAACUAUCACCAAUCAACGUCCCUCACGUUAUCAAUUCAGCUCAAAAGAAAGCUAGAGUGGAAGCUUGUCAAGCAGCUUUAAGGUCUUAUAACUUACAACCUAACGCGUUUUUAAAAGCCCUUUUUACGAUGGACGAAACUUGGCUACCUCUAUAUGACCCUUUGAGUCGAACCGAGUCGAUGGAAUGGGUGAAAGAUCGAUCUGAACUGUCCCAAAGGCCAACAUCAUCACGCAGAGACAAAAAAAUCAUGGCUUCUGUAUUUUGGGACUCACGCGGAAUCAUCAAAAUUUUUUGGCUGGACGAUGGUGAAACAGUUAAUGGCGAUCUUUACAGAAGUCAACUUGAAGAGAUAGACCCGUUAAUUAGAGAAAGAAACCCUCAACAGACUCGUAGACCUCUCUUCUUACAAGACAACGCUCGUCCUCAUACGGCACAACUUACCAAAGAGAAAAUAAAGGAAUUGAACUGGGCAAUGGUCUUACACCCACCAUAUUCUCCUGACCUAGCCCCAAGUGACUAUUUCCUCUUUUCAAAUUUAAAAAGAUUCACCCGUGGCAAAAGAUUUAGCGACUUUAACGAGCUAAAGGCGGCUGUAGAGGGCUUUUUUGCGGAAAAGGAUCCAGAGUGGUUUGCCAAAGGAAUUGCCGAAUUACCGACCCGUUGGGAGAAGUGCAUAAAUGCCUCUGGCAAUUACUUUUGA